AUGUGUUUGUGCUGCAUUAAUUCUCACUAUGAUCAAGUUACAGUCGCUGCUGAUAAAAUCACUAUGAUCUUAAAAGCAGCAGAUGUAUCAGUUGAACCUUAUUGGCCAUCUCUGUUCGCUCAUGCUUUGGAUGAUGUGGACAUCAAAGUAAUAAUUUCCAAUGUAAGCAGUAUGGCAGCUGCAUCUGCUGGUGAUGUAGCUGCUGUCCCUACCAAAGAAGAAAAGAAAGAGAUGAAAGAAGAAUCGGAGGAGUCAAAUGAUGACACGGGCUUUGGUUAG